UCGAUCAUCUUUGACACUCGUUCAGAUCGAUCAUCUUGCUGCUGCCUUUCGUUCGUGUUGUCUUUUUCCCGACACCACCCUAGCCGUUGAGCACGCCGCGAUACCAAAACAAUCCAGCCACUCAAGGCUACCACAACACCGAGCUAUGGCGAUGGAUCCCACGGUCACGGUGCUCAUCGUCAUUGUCGCCGCUGCCGCUGCCGUGGUUCUCGGAUGGGCGUCGACCCGCUUCUUCAUCGCUCAUCCCCCAACUCGAGAUACCGAGAACGCUGGCAACGAGCCCAGCCAAGCGCAGUACAUGCGAGAAGUGCGUCUGCGGAACACCGAAGUGCUCGCCAGGCAAUAUGGCUACGGGCCACGUGAUCUGGUAAGUGAUCUUAGUUGAGAUACGUGCUCAGCAGACACUGAGAUUCCGGCAUCAGGGCCAGAUGCGAGCUGCCUCUUACACGGAUCAAUCUGAUUGAAGAUACCGUUGACGAGGAUGC